CUCCCUGUGCUCUCACUUAUCGUUGCCUCUCGGAUAAUGUCUGAGGUAAAGCAAAGGCGUGAACAAAUAAAAUAUGAAGGACCCGUAACUCGGGCAGCACCUGCGCAUCAUCCUAGAAAGCAGUCCAUUUAUUCUUGCAGGAGACAAUGCCCUAUAAUUGUUACUUCCUUUUUGAUUAUUCUUGCCUUCACCUAUCUUAUGAGUCCAACUUAUAUUGAUCCUGUCAAAGUCGAAUUGCCAUCUUUAGUUAAACUCGAUGGUCCGCUGAAAGUUAAUAACAAGCUUACUAAUUCACAGAAGCUUUUUAAUGGGCGACUCCGUGGUCCUGAGAGUAUAGCCUAUUUUGAGGGUUCUUUUUAUGCUGGUCAAUUGAACGGUUUUAUUAUUAAAUGGAAUGAAUCUGGGCUUUUCAACUUUAGUCGUCUCGUAGGUGGUCAUGCCUUAUCUGAUAAUCUAGAAUCCAUCAACACCUGUGGAAGGCCUUUAGGACUUCGAAUUGAUAAAGAUCGCAGGAGGCUUAUAGUGGCUGACGCCUAUCUUGGUUAUCUGUUGACAAUGGUAAUUCCAUUUUGUUCCAAUGAGCUUGCAAAAGGGUCAUCUCAAAAACUUUUCCCUAAGGAAUUUCCGUAUCGUGUUACGUGUAUAGACGAUAUUGAUAUUCUUCCUGAUGGUCGCAUCCUAGUUUCCGAGGCAUCCGAUCGCUUCCCCCUGCACAACUUCAUGUACGCUCUUCUGGAUGGUAGACCGAAUGGUCGACUUCUCCUGGUUUAUCCAAACUCCUCUUGGGACAUCCUUGUGGAUGGGAUAUUUUUUGCUAACGGCGUUCAGCUACAUUCGGAUGGAAGCACUGUUCUUUUGGCAGAAACCGGCACUAGUCGAAUAUUGAGAGUUUCCUUGGAUGGCACAGGGGACUAUGGCAUUUUUUCUGAUCAGCUUCCAGGGUUUCCGGAUAACAUCCGUGAGAGUUCAAAAGGGGGUUACUGGGUUGCACUUGGCUCAACAAGACACAGUGAAGCACCUAGUGUAUUCGAUAGAUUAAGCAACUGGCCAUCCAUCCGAUUUAUUCUGCAUAAGCGAACAUUUGUUGAUUAUAAAGCUGAAAGAAGGGAAUAA